AGUAACAGGUACAAGAAAUUAGGUGCAGUCCUUGGCAGUGCAAAGAGCUAAUAAAUUAAAAAAAAAGAAGAAACACAUAAAAAAAAACUAUAUAAAAAACACAUAACACAUAAAACAGUAUAAAACAACCCACUCACUCGUCCACAUAACAAUAUUGCACAGUCCUUAAAGUGCACAUCCACUGUAGUCAAUUCCUCAAAAUCAAAAUAUAACUACUUAAUCACUUGUUAAAACUAACUAAAACCGAACUGAAAUUAUUAUUAUUUUUAAACUAAUUAAAAUGAAAACCUAAUGAAAACCUAAAAACUAUAACAACCCUUUAUCCAGUUUGGAUAUGUUGCCCAUCCAUUGACACUUGUAUGAUUCUCUAUGUGAGGGCAGUUUUUACGAGGAGGCCAUGAACACACCACCAGUCCGGUUCCUGCGGGCGCUCCGUUCCUCAUCUUGCACCGACCCGGACUCCAUGUUGUUCAGAGACAGCCACGGAGCGAACAAGUGCCCUGGCCGAAAACUCUCACGUUGCAAACUCUUGUGUGUGUGUGUGUGAGAGUGUGUGUGCGAGAAGUAAAGUGUGUGUGUGAGUGUGUUUGUGCGUGUGAGUGUGUUGACCCUCUGAAAGAAGAUGGCAGACUACCGGGACGACACCGGAGCUCGAGCCCUGCUUGCAUUACAGUCAGCACCGUGCAGCCCUGUGCGUGUCGCGGUGACCUCGCACCUCGGCUACCACCAGCCCUCUCUCGCCCUGUUGGGUCCUCCGCUGAUGGACGGCCGCAACGACGGCGGGCUCCGUCCCGUACGCCUCAUGUCCCCUCCUCCGCAGGCCCUGGCCAGACUCGAGGGCCGGGACUUUGAGUUUGUCAUGCGCCAGAGGACGGUCACCAUAGGCCGGAACUCCUCUCACGGCUCCGUGGACAUCAACAUGGGUCACUCGAGCUUCAUUUCACGGCGACACUUGCAGAUCAUCUACGACGACGCCACCGGCUUCUCCCUCCGGUGUCUGGGCAAGAAUGGCGUGUUCGUUGACGGGGUGUUUCAGCGGAGAGGGGCCCCGCCGCUGCCGCUGCCCAGAGAGUGUAUGUUUCGUUUUCCCAGUACAGUCAUCAAGAUCCAGUUCAUGUCUCUCCUGGAGCUUGAGGAGCACAGAGAGAAGGAGCAUCCAUCUCCUCCCCCUCGCCCGCUCCUGCCCCACAUUUCCCCUCUCAAAAUCAGCAUUCCCACCAUGCAGCAGCAUGAAGAACACAUCAGGGCGUUCGGCUCUCCGCUGCCGUCGCCCACGGGCACCAUCAGUGUUCCUAAUUCCUGUCCGGCCAGUCCACGAGGGGCAGGGUCAUCGGGGUACCGCUAUGGACGCAACGUGACCUCUGACCUCCAGUUAGCAGCUGAAUAUGCUGCCAAAGCUGUUUCCGAGCAGAGACGAAGCAUUGUUGAACAUAGAGGCGGGGGAAGUGAGCAAAGAGGGGAGUCGGCUGGUGGUGACAGCCCCAAGGAUGAGUCAAAGCCACCUUAUUCCUAUGCACAGCUGAUAGUGCAGGCCAUCUCUUCUGCCCCGGACAAGCAGCUGACUCUUAGUGGCAUCUACGCCCACAUCACCAAACACUACCCUUACUAUCGCACCGCAGACAAAGGCUGGCAGAACUCAAUCAGACACAACCUGUCGCUCAACCGUUACUUUCUGAAAGUGGCCCGCUCUCAGGACGAGCCCGGGAAAGGGAGUUUUUGGCGCGUUGAUUCCGCCUCCGAGAGCAAGCUGGUAGAGCAAGCCUUCAGGAAACGACGGCAAAGAGGGGUGGCUUGCUUCAGGACGCCCUUCGGACCCCUCUCCUCCAGGAGUGCCCCUGCAUCUCCGACCCAUCAGGGACUUCUUUCUCCUCCAUCCAGCGGGCUUCAGACUCCUGAAUGUUUGAGCAGGGAGGGCUCUCCUAUCCCUCACGACCACCACGAACAGCUGGCCAACAAACUGGCAUCUGUACCUGAGUAUAGGUACUCUCAAAGUGCCCCAGGAUCUCCAGUCAGUGCUCAGCAUGUCAUCAUGGCAGCACCCCCUCACCCAUCGGUCCUGCCCGCAGGCCUGGGAAAAGCACUUGCUUUAGUUCCAGGUGGCGGCGGCCAAAUCCAGCCCAUCCACCUGCUCCAGAACUCCACUCAGCCCUCUGUCACCAUGCUGCGGGUGGUCACCAGCGCUCCCCCACCCUGCAACCCUCCCAAUGGGUACAGCGCCCCCUCUGUUGGCACUUCUUUGCCAGGACUGCAAGGAGCAGGGGACAGCAACAGUGAGCUCAGAGAAGCCCAGCUGAACAGAGAGCGGGUGAUUCAGACGGUGGACAGUGCGGUGCAGGGCGGGGAUGGACGCAACCUGGGCCCUGGUUUACAUCAACUUCCUGUUCGUGCUGUAACCCAGAAUGGAAAACACACCACUGCUGCUGUUGCCACAGCAACUAGCCUUGCUAAUCCCUCUGGCCUGAGUAGUCCUCUGCAGAUCUUGGCUGCUCAGGCCUCUAGUUCCCCUCCCGUGCUGGUGAGCAGACAGCCCAGUGCAGAAACCUUAGCCGAGCAGCCAGAUGAGCCCCAGGCUAAGCGGCUGAAGAUGGAGGACGAGGGAGGGACUGAAUCUGCUCCGCAUCAAGUCACACCUGCCCAGCAGCCUGUUAUCGUUGCCAUGACAUCACAAACCCACGACCAUAGGAAGUAAAACCCGGGGCUUCUUACAGGUACCUAACGGACAGCCUCCUUAUCAUCCCCUAACUGCUUCGCCUUUUAUACUCAUUUGAUAUGACUGCAGCCGACACGGCCAAAAACAAUGUACAGGCAGCCUCUCUCAACAGAAGGGAAUUUAAUCACGAGGAUCGUAUAUUUUGGUCAGAAAUAGAUGAAAAACUUUCAAAUGUGUACUGAAUUUAAAAAAAACAAUUUUUUUCCAGGAUUUUUCAGCUUUACAGUCUUUUUAAAUGUAAUCCAUUAUUCACUGACAGCACAAACAAGUAAGGACAUUAAGCUUGUGAGAGCAUUAUGCAUAUUAAAAUCACUUCAGCACUACUUAUUCGAUGUGAACGGUGGAGGAUAUCUCAGAUACAACCUUUCCUCUAGUUGAUGGAUCAGAAGCAUCGGUUAUUUUCACUCUCCAGGCCAAAGAACCCUCCUCAUUUCUGAUCAGAUGUGUGUGUUCGGAGAUUUGAACGGCCUACAUUUACAGAGGGAAGCUGUGAUGAUCAUAGAGUUGAUAUAUUGUGUAGUUAAAUUUGUGGACAGUGUGGUAGAGAGGGCUCAGCUGCAUAUCCUCAUAUACCAGGUGGAUGGGGCUUGGGAGACUGUUAAGAAUAUGAUUGUACUCCUCAUGAGGCAGUCCUUGCAGAAUAAAGUGGGAGAAGAAAUCAGAUUUUCUCUCUUCAAAAAAAAAAAAAGAAAAGAUGUUUAUUUUUUAAGGCCAAGACCAGAAUGUGAGUUCUCUCUUCUUCUUGCCUUCUUUGUAAAAGCACUCUUUUUAAAAAAAAAAGAAAAAGAAAAGAAAAGGGGGUUGAGUCUUUUUUUUUGAAGAAGAGAAAUCCAGGAAUAACAAGAGUUCAAACCAGCAGUUUGCAGUUCUCGCUUCACUUCAGCUCGGCUCGGCUCAGUUCGGUUUAUCAGUAUGAAGCUCCUCAGAUUCAGGAUAUUCUGGGCGAUUUGGCAGCAGAUUUGCAGGGAAGAAGGGCAAAAAAAAAAAGAAGAAAAAAAAAAGAGGGCAACUAUUUGGAGUUGACUGAAGUGGAGCUAACCUAAUGUAGACAAACUGAUUGUUGUUUUUAAUUUUUUUUUUCUUGUUUCAGUAGUGGUGAGAGGAGAAAUGAAACAGCCUGUGCGUACAGUUUUGUUUGUUUGUCUUUAGCACAGAAAAGCAUUAUUGUAAUAAUCCUUAAAGCCUUAAAUAUUUCUACUUUUUUUUUUUGUCAUAUUAUUUUAACCUUUAGAGAGCUUUUUUUUUUUUUUUUUAGAAAGUUAACACAGCGCUUUUCUUUAAUAGUACACACGAUCAGCGACACUACAGCGGUGACAGUUACGUUGCAUCAGUAGAACUCGUAUCAGUUUUAUCAGAGGAAGGGCGGGACCAACACACGACCACGAAAAACUUCAUCUGCUCUCGUCUUUUUUCUUUCUUUCUUUCUCUCCGCAAGGUACUUUUCUUUUCACACCUUUUUUUCUACUCUCUGCUCCUCAUUCUUUUGCUUUCACUUCUCCCUCAAGUCAAUUACCCUAUUUUUUUCUCCCCCCUUUCUCCCAAUCUACCUCUUUCCUCCCUCUCUCAGUCUCCAGAGGCAUCAAGCUGUUGGCAAUUCCUGUCACAGACACUGCCUUAAUUAGAUAUUCUUCAGCACUUCCCCCCUCACCCCCCCCUCUCUAAUCUCUCGUUCUCAGUCUGCCUUUAGCUUUUCUAAAUGUCCUCACACAGGCCUCAUUUUUAGCUGGCAAUCAGGCACAAUUUGCGCAAGAUUUCAGUGAUUGUUGUUGCACAUUAUUAGAAAAAAAAAAAAAAAAAAGAUGCGUAAUGAUUGUAUGCUGCUCUAUCUGCUAAAUGACAAAAGCUAUUUAGAAGGUAUUUUUUCUUAUUUUUUACAAAGAAAAAAGAAAAAAUAUUUUGCUAUAUGUAAAAAAAACCCCAGCUGUCAUCAAUACGUAAAACAUUCUGGAAAUAGAGAAGUAUAUGUAUUUUUAAAUGUUCCUGUUUUUGUGAUUUGUUAAAAAUGUGUAGCACAAAUUAAAUUCCUCAUUGAC